AAUAAUAUAAGGGCUAUUUCUCAUUCAUUAUUCUAUAUGCAACUGCAAGAUUUUUUUUUUCAUUAACAUAGCAUUCUCUUCCUAUGCUCUCUUAGAUUCUACUCCACUUUGGAAUUUUUCCUUCAUCAAAAAACAAAUGUAAAUUCUUCAGUUGUUUGAAACACUUAAUUUCACUGAGUUGUUAGCUUAAUGAGUGCAAAAAAUGUCAAAUCUAUGGUUUAUCUCCUAAGAGAAGAUUGAACUUGUAGAAAUUAAGAACAAGAGUUACUGCAUUAAAGUCGAGACGCCGGUAAGAUACUUCGUUAUUAUUGAUUCUACGAUGCAGGCAUCAGAACAACAUAGAAGUUCAAGUAUGUACUAUCAACCAUUACAAGAAAUAGAAUCAUACUGCUUACCGCAGUAUCGAAAUCUAAAUCAUCAGAUGUACUACAAUGAUGGAGGAGGUCAUGGAACUCAAUUCUCCACUCAAAGUUCCUCUGACCUUUACUGCACGUUGGAAUCAUCGUCCGCAGCUGGAAGUUUCGCCGUUUACAACUCUCCUUCAACGGUUAGUUUCUCGCCUAAUGAUAGUCCAAUGUCACAGCAAGAUUCUCAGACUCAGUCAUAUCCGCACGAUCAAUAUCAUUCCCCUGACAAUAAUAUUUAUAGCUCUCCAAGGAGUGGAUCCUGUAUAACCGAAGAUUUAAGUAGCUUCAAGCACAAGCUAAGAGAAUUGGAAAAUGUAAUGCUUGGUCCUGACUCUGAUUAUAAUCUUGUUGAUAGUUAUGACAGUGCCAUGAGCAAUGGAAACGAUUUCGUUUCGCUUGAAAUGGACAGUUGGAGACAAACAAUGGUAGCGAUUUCAAGCAAAAAUCUAAAGCAUAUCCUUACUGUAUGUGCCAAAGCAAUUGCAGACAAUGAUUUGCUAAUGGCACAAUGGCUGAUGGACGAGUUACGGCAGAUGGUUUCGGUUUCUGGCGAACCGAUUCAAAGGUUGGGAGCAUACAUGUUGGAAGGACUUGUCGCACGGUUGUCUGCGUCGGGGAGUUCAAUCUACAAAUCGUUAAGAUGCAAAGAACCAGAAAGUGCUGAGCUUCUAUCUUAUAUGAACAUACUUUAUGAGGUUUGUCCCUACUUCAAAUUCGGAUACAUGUCUGCAAAUGGAGCCAUUGCAGAAGCAAUGAAAUAUGAACAGAGAGUUCAUAUAAUCGAUUUCCAAAUUGCUCAAGGAAGCCAAUGGAUUUCAUUGAUUCAGGCUUUUGCAGCUAGGCCUGGUGGCCCACCGCAUAUCCGGAUUACUGGUAUCGAUGAUUCAACAUCGGCUUAUGCCCGUGGAGGCGGACUACAUAUAGUCGAAAAGAGGUUAUCAAAACUUGCUCAGCAUUUCAAAGUGCCAUUCGAAUUUCAUGCUGCAGCCAUCUCAGGUUGUGAUGUUCAACUGCAUAACCUUGGAGUUCGACCGGGGGAAGCUCUAGCUGUAAAUUUUGCAUUUAUGCUACAUCACAUGCCUGAUGAGAGUGUCAGCACUCAGAAUCAUAGGGAUAGGCUUCUGAGGUUAGUUAAAAGCCUAUCACCGAAAGUGGUGACACUUGUCGAGCAAGAAUCUAACACAAACACCGCUGCAUUCUUUCCACGUUUCCUUGAAACAAUGGACUAUUAUGCAGCAAUGUUUGAGUCGAUUGAUGUGACUCUUCCAAGAGAGCAUAAAGAGAGGAUCAAUGUUGAGCAGCACUGUUUGGCAAGAGACUUGGUUAACAUCAUAGCUUGUGAAGGGGUUGAGAGAGUGGAAAGACAUGAGGUGCUUGGGAAAUGGAGGUCAAGAUUUGCAAUGGCUGGUUUCAAACCUUACCCUUUGAGUUCAUUGGUGAAUGGUACCAUAAAGAAAUUGCUUGAGAACUAUAGUGAUAAAUAUAGACUUCAAGAGAAAGAUGGAGCUUUAUACCUUGGUUGGAUGAAUAGAGAUUUGGUUGCUUCUUGUGCUUGGAAAUGAGAAAUGGGAAUUAUGUAACUUCUGAAAGUUUGAGAGAGAAUGAAUGAAGCAGAAUUUGUCCUUGUUCUUAUUCUGUUCCACUACUAUGUAAGAGUUAAUGAGAAAAGGCAACAUUUUUAUCCAAAUCUAAUUGUCUAUUUUCUGUGCUUCAAAAGUUUCUGUGGAAAAUGUAGCUAGCUUUUUUCUUUAUCAGUAAUACUAAGUUUAUGUGGAAUUUGGAAGUUGUGAUAUACUGUCAUCAAACAUUUCUUUCUUUAAAUUGGAUACAACUUGACUAGAGAAAAGGGUCUGCAUAAUUCAUUCUGCAAA